CUCUCAUACUGCCUGUGUAGGUCUGUUAUUUUUCUUACGAUGGAAAGGCUGGUUGUCUAUCUACUGGUUAUUAGUACAGCCGUGAAGGCCAUGAUGUGUCCCAAAAGAUGCAUGUGUCAAAACCUGUCUCCAUCCUUCACAAUUCUCUGUACGAAGACGGGGCUUCUCUUUGUGCCCCCCAGUAUUGACAGGAGAACAGCAGAACUAAGGUUAAUGGAUAACUUUAUCACUACACUUAGGAGAAAAGAUUUUGCAAACAUGACUAAUCUAAUUCAUUUGACACUAUCAAGGAAUACAAUAAGUGAAAUCAUGCCUUAUGCAUUUUUUGAUCUUAAAGGCCUUCACGCCUUACACUUGGAUAGUAAUAGACUGACUUACAUCAGUGAAGAUCAUUUCAAAGGUUUAAUUAACCUUCGGCAUUUAAUACUCAGUAACAAUCAAUUAAACUAUAUCUCUCCUGGGUCAUUGGAUGACUUCAUUGAAACAAUUGAAGACCUGGAUCUGUCCUACAACAAUCUCGUUAACGUUCCUUGGGAAACAAUUGCCAAACUUUCUAAUGUCAACACGGUCAGUUUGGAUCAUAAUCUCAUUGAGUUUGUGCCAGAAGGAAUCUUCUCAAACCUUCACAAACUUGCCCGUCUAGACAUGACCUCCAACAAGUUGAAAAAGAUCCCUCCUGAUCCUUUGUUUUCCAGAAUACCAGUGUAUGCCAAGUCUAAAGGAUCUCCGCUGUCGUCCCUGGUGCUUAGCUUUGGAGGGAAUCCUUUGCACUGCAACUGUGAACUCGUGUGGCUGAGACGUCUCACCAGAGAAGAUGAUCUAGAAACCUGCGCCUCACCACCAGAGCUGAUGGGCAAAUACUUUUGGUCUAUUAAAGAGGAGGAAUUUGUCUGCGAACCCCCGAUGAUAACGCACCGAACCCCAAAACUAACAGUGACAGAAGGCCAAAGCGCCUCUUUAAAGUGCAAAGCUGUUGGUGAUCCAGAUCCCUAUGUUCGCUGGAUCUCACCCGAUGGGAAGCUGGUCUCUAACACUUCUAGGACUAUUUCUUAUGAGAAUGGUACUCUGGAUAUUUUGGUUACUUCUUUGACUGACAAGGGCACGUUUACCUGCAUAGCAUCAAACGCUGCAGGGGAGUCGACAGCUCCAGUCGAACUCCUUGUUACCCCGUACCCUAACCUUGCUAACAGCACCAACUGCGAUAAAGACACGGAGCCUGGCCCCUCAGAUAUUCUCAUAUCUGCUAAGUCGAGCUUUCCAAAUGAAACGAAGGCUCAGCAGGAGAAGGUGGUUGUGGUUGCUGAGCUAACAUCAUCCUCCGCUCUUAUCCAGUGGCCUUCUCAGCAUCACCUCCCUGGGAUUCGAAUGUACCAGAUUCAGUAUAACAGUUCUGCUGACGACAUACUAGUGUACAGGUAA